GUAUAGGCACUAACAGUAUCUGGGCUAGACGGAGCUCAGUGGUGAAACAGACAACCAAAACACCGCAUCCACUGUCUCCAUCCUUUUGAUCAUUUCCUGUUGGGGGAAAAAAAUCUAAAAAUGAUGUCUUGAGAGGCUCCUGUGUCUCCCAUAUUUCCUUAUAUUGGUGAACUCGUCGUCGCCUGACAGGAGCAUCAUCCAGGGAGGGAGAGGAGCCCUGCUGUCCCGUGGAUUUAUCAACACGGCAGACGCAUGGAAGGAACAUGGCUGCGAUGAGGACUUUAACCGCGGCGGGUCUCGUCUUGGCCUUUUGCGCCCUGGGCCUGAUCGCGGUGGCCAUCGGCACCGAUAACUGGUACGAGACGGACGCCAGGAGGCACCGAGAGCGCUGUAAGAAUUACGCGAACAAGAGGACCGACCCGGGUUACAUCUACACCUCCAACAACAACCUCCCGCUCCGGAUGCUGCCGAAGUGGAGCGCCGAGGGGAGGCUGCGGGCUCGGCGGCAUCUUUCGCCUCCAGCCUCGGCGAUGGAGUCGCUGUGCAGUCGGCAUUUUAACUCCACCGUCACCGGACUGUGGAGAAAGUGUCACCGUAUCGGAUUUGACUUGGAGACGGAGGAUUUAAUCUUUAAAGGGUUGGUUGCACGUUGCACGCCAAUAAAAUACUACUACUCUUCGUCGGCAUUGCCCAGAAACCUGCCAAUCAACCUGACGAAGACAAUAAGGCAAGAUGAGUGGCACGCGCUACACCUCCAGAGGAUGACAGUCAGUUUCAUUGGCAUGGCUAUUUCCAUCAUCCUGUUCGGCUGGAUGGUUGGCGUGCUGGGAUGUUGGAAGGCACAUGACCUCAUGCAGUAUGUUGCCGGACUGCUCUUCCUGAUGGGAGGAACCUGCUGCAUCAUCUCUCUCUGCACAUGUGUGGCGGGAAUCAACUUUGAACUGUCGCGCUACCCUCGCUACAUGUUCGGAAUACCGGAAGACAUCAGUCACGGUUACGGCUGGUCCAUGUUUUGUGCCUGGGGUGGACUCGGACUGACGCUGCUGGCCGGGUUCUUGUGUACGCUCGCUCCUUCCCUCUACCCGCCUCACACCCCAGUGGCUCACAAGCCCCGGCAGGAGAACGGCUGCGUGUGACGGGCUGACACUAAACCUGACACAGACAAUGUUAGCGACCCGCACCGACCACAGUGGCGGGCACCGUGCUGAUGCAGCCUCCACGCGUCGGGGGGUACAUAGAAAGCACAAGAACAGGAAUAAGGGGAGGUUGAUAUAUGACUGGUGCUUUUAUGCCAUCACCUCCUCCUCGAUUGAACUAUUCAGUGUUAUGCUUGCUCUCCAGGAGGACACUACUUCAACACAUUUGUAAACACAUUUCUCCUCUACCAUACGAAAAUAGAAAAAGGAUCAAUAGCACAACCUUGAAACCUGUAUUAUAUAUGAAACCAUGUGGAUGUGUACUGUCACAUUUGAAAGGGCAACCCGUGUAUCAUUAUGUACUCAUUCAGCACAAGUUAUGUACAUGUACCUUCUGAAUCAUAUGUAUGCAGAUGCAUUUGUGUUUAUUCAAGGAAAAAAUAUGGAACAUCACGUCCAAAACUGUGUUCGACUGAAAUGUUUUUUUUUUGUUGUUGUUGUCGAGGUCAUCGAUCCCUAUUUUUGAAAAAUAAAAGAG